UUAAACCCAAAAAAUAAAAUAAAAUCAAAUCAAAUCAAAUCAAAUCCCUCAUUUCUCUUUCUCAAUCUUCGUCAAAAACCCCAGCAGAAGAAUAUUUCUCCUCCCAAUAUUAUCAAAAUCAUCAACAAUGGCACUCCUCGUUUCUCACUCUUGCUUCCAGAAAGUCGGAAAUUGAGUUGGAAUUGUUUGAGAGUUGAACAUGGAGAUUGAAUUGUUCAGCAAUGUAGUGUCUGAAGAAGACACUGUUGAAGUUGAAGUUGAAGUUGAUGCUGAAAAUGAUAAUUUGGGUGCUGAGGCUGAAAGAUGUGGCAUAUGCAUGGAUGUUGUAAUCGAUCGGGGAGUUCUGGAUUGCUGCCAACAUUGGUUUUGUUUUGUUUGCAUUGACAACUGGGCUACUAUCACAAAUCUUUGCCCAUUGUGCCAGAAUGAAUUUCAACUGAUCACAUGUGUCUCAGUGUAUGACACUGCUGGCAGCAACAAUAAUGACGAGGAUUCAGAUUCCAGAGAUGAUGAUUGGUGUGUUGAAGGGAAUAACAGCACUCUCUCCCUUCCAUCAUAUUAUAUUGAUGAAAAUGCAGUUACCUGCUUGGAUGGAGGUGGCUGCAAAAUGCGGAGCGGUUCAGUGACCUAUGAAGAAACAUUGACUCUUGAUACUUCUAUAGCUUGUGAUGCAUGUGAUAUAUGGUAUCAUGCUUUUUGUGUGGGAUUUGACCCUGAAGGCACAGGUGUAGAUUCAUGGUUGUGCCCUAGAUGUCUAGUUAAUGAAGCAGACCAGAACACAGAUCUCAAGGAAACACAUCUUACAGGAAAAAAUGUUGAUCAUCAUCUUGUUGACACAUCUUCUGGAAAAGUAUCCAUAUGUGUUGCUGAUACAGGAGAAACAGCUGUAGUUGUCUCAAGGAUUGACAGUAAAGAUGUUGUCGAUGAACUGAUUAUGAAUCUUCAAUCCAAUCGAGAACUAACUCAUCAUUGUAAAGCUGAGCGAUCCAUGUUGUGCUCUGAUUGUUUACCUGAGAUGAAAAAACCAUCUGUUCAAGGGAUUGACUCUAUCCAACCAGAAUCAAAUGUUCCUUCUGCAAAGUUCAGGGAAACUGUUAUUAAAAGUGAGCCAGAUGAGAGCGAAUCAAGAAUGUCUCUUGAUGUGGGGCCAGGUCUUGCUUCAACCUUAUCAGGUGACAAAGAUAAAAAUUUAUCCGGUGGGGAUGAGUGUCUGAAUGGUGCUUCAACUGAUGAGAGCUUGGAAGAUGUGAAGGCUGAUAUUGCUCCGAGACUUGGUCUGAAGCGAAAACAUCCUGGUCACAGUUCUCAGGAGAUUGAUGAUAAUGGGCAUCAUGAAGGUAAGCUUGUGGGUGCAUCUUCAGCAAAAAAAGUUAAAGCUCAGCGACGUACCAGAAAUACUUCUUUGAAUGACCAAGCAGAUGUCUGCACUCCUGGGGUCUUGAAGAAAAAGAGAAAACUGAUAGAAAGAUCUGCAGUUGAAGUAGACGGGAAUAGUACGGUGAAGAAGAAUCAACCUAUUGACAUAAUGAGUAUAGUCCAGGAGGUGAAACUCAGCACAGAAAAUAGGCUUGCACAUAAAAAAAACGCUGAUAAAUGUGCCAGUGUAGAAAAGAUUUCAGCUGGACUACGAGUGAAAAAGAUCAUGAGGAGACCUAGUGAAGAAAAGGAAUCAGAAGCUGUAGUACAGAAGCUGAAAAAGGAAAUCAGAGAAGCUGUCCGCAAGAAGUCGUCAGAUGAUAUUGGGAAAAACAUCUUGGACCCUAAUCUGCUGACUGCUUUCAGAGCUGCAGUAGCAGGAUCUGUGGCUGAACCAGCUAAGAAGGCAUCUUCUGCAAUGAUCAAAGCAAAGAAGUUAAUGUUACAGAAGGGAAAAGCAAGAGAGAAUCUCACAAAAAAGAUAUAUGCAACAUCUAGUGGAAAAAGAAGACGUGCAUGGGACCGUGAUUGUGAAAUUGAAUUUUGGAAGCACCGCUGCUUGACAACUUCUAAACCAGAAAAAAUUGAUACUUUGAGAUCAGUUCUCAGUCUUCUACAAAAGAGACCAGAGGCCAAAAAUAUUGUGGAACAUACUUCUGAGGAAGACACAGAAGCUCCAAUUCUUUCGAGGCUUUAUCUAGCUGAUACUUCUCUUUUCCCUCGAAAGGAUGAUAUCAAGCCUCUUUCCUUUCUGAAAGCUGCUGCUGCUUCUUCCAACCAGAAUAACACACUUUCUUCAGGAGAAAAGUGUAUUGAAUCUGGUCCUGAUAAUGGUACCACUAAAUCUUUGAACAGAAUUGUGGAUCCUGCCCAAAGUAAUUCCACUGAUGACAAGAAGAAAACUGUUUGCGCCAGUGGUAAUAAUGGAGCUGCCUCUGGUAAAUUUCAUGCAAAUGGACUCCCCAAUAAGGUAUCUCCCCAAAAGAAGAUGACUGGCAAAACAAAUGACGUAAAGAUUGAUAAAAGGAAAUGGGCCCUUGAGGUUCUUGCGAGAAAAAAUGCUUCUGGUGAUACAAGUUCCAUGCAUCAGAAACAAGAAAAUGAUGUAUUAAAGGCAAAUUAUCCUUUAUUGGCUGAAUUGCCGACAGAUAUGAGACCCGAACUAGCACCCACUCGCCAGAAUAAGAUUGCCAUUUCAGUUCGCCAGGCACAACUUCACCGCUUGACUGAACAUUUCCUUAAGAUGACAAACUUGUCAUCUAUGCAUCGAACUGCUGAAACUGAGCUGGCUGUUGCGGAUGCUAUCAACAUCGAAAAGCAGGUUGCGGACAGGUCCAACAGCAAGGCUGUCUAUUUGAAUCUUUGUUCACAGGAGAUACGAAGCCGUACAAAUUGCAAUACUUCCGACACUCUGGCAUCAAGUCCAGUACCAGUAUCUUCUCCUUCAAGCCCAGCACCAGUACCCUUAAAAGAUGAUCAAUCUUCGACAUCAUCUCCUAAAUCUGAAGCUGAGGCAGCUUUAAGAGCUGCUGGUCUUUUGUCCGAUUCUCCGCCAAGUAGUCCACUCCACAAGGUUGUUGAUCUCAAUGUUGAUGAUGAUACUUCCUUAGGAGAGGACAAAGAAGAAGAAUUGAAGAGUAUAUUUGAAAUGGAAUGUCAACCUGAUCUAGACAUUUAUGGUGAUUUUGAGUAUAACUUGGACGAAGAGGAUUAUAUUGGUGCUACUGCAGUUAAUGCAUCGAAAGCACAACCAGAAGAGGGGGAGUCAAAAGUAAAAGUUAUUUUCUCCACGCUGAAUUCCAUUGAAUUAGAUAAUGCUGCAGAGGCUAAAGAGGAGGAUUUGCCGAAGACUGAUACACUGAGCACACCAAGUAUGCCUGAGUGUCCCAAUGAUGCUGACAGUGGAAGCUCACCCAUGGAAGAUAAGAUGGAUUCUGUACCAUUUCCUGGAGACACCUCUCUGGAUGGAGAAGGUGAAGAACUCUCGCUUGCGGAAUGUGAAGCGCUAUAUGGUCCAGACAAGGAGCAAUCUACCAAACAUUUUUCCUUCUUGGUUCCAGCCGACAAUUCUGGUUUGCAGACAGCCAAUGAUCUUGACACUAGCAAUUCCGACAAGAAUAAAGAGACCACAGAUUCUCUUCACAGCAUUAUUGUUGGGGAAAAUUCUUCCAACUCUUCUGUCCCUAAAGAAACAUCUGAGAAAGAAAAGAAGACUGAUCCAAAGGUUGACAAGAAAAGUGAGCAUGCUGAAUCAGUGCUAAAAAAGGUAGAAGCUUACAUAAAAGAGCACAUCAGGCCACUCUGCAAGAGUGGUGUGAUCACAGUGGAGCAAUAUAGAUGGGCAGUAGCGAAAACGACCGAGAAGGUAAUGAAAUAUCACUCUAAAGCUAAAAAUGCCAAUUUUCUUAUCAAGGAAGGUGAAAAGGUGAAGAAGCUUGCGGGGCAAUAUAUCGAGACGGCCAAACACAAGGAAAAUAAGUAGUUUACUUGCAAUUAAUUUCAGCACAAUUGAUACAAAUUUCGCCCCAAUAUCUUGUACAUAAGAACAGACUAUUGAACCAAACUCAGUUGUUUUAAGCAAUUGACUAAAAGUUGUAACCGAAGCAUAUAAUGAUAAAACUGUAAAUCUUUCAGCGGCUCCCAACAUUAAGUGUCAGCAUUCUUUGUUACAUAGUGUCUUGUAGACUUAUAGUCGUUUUUGCAUUACCCAAACUAUAUUUUUCUUCUUCUCAGGUGAAA